AUGUUCGAGUCCACCCCGUUGGUUCGGCGGGAACCGGAUGGGCGUUCUUUGCGAGACCGAGUUGUUGAGAUGUUUCGCCCCCAGAGUGGCCUGAGACUUUAUUCAAAUCCGACUUCUAUCCAUGGAGGCGCCGAAAACAAUUCAAGCAGGGAGAUUGGGACCACGAGCGAGCCGGGUGUGAGGACGCGCCUGCUGGAAUCCUACGACCAUGCGGAUCCCAUUUGUGGCGACCGGCGCUGUAGCCAUGGCACAUUCUCCCCGCGAGUGGAGGAUGCAGAGCGGCAAUUAUACCUUGGACAGAAUCAAAAUUUGGGUCAUGGAGGGAAUGGAGAAGCUGCCGCAGCACCCAAUCGCUUCGCAGACUCAGACGGCCCCGAACCAGGCGCGGAUUCGGAGAAUCUAUCGCAGAUGAAGUCGUCUUUCACGGCACUUUCAAUGAAUGGCAAUAAGAAAUUGUACAUCUCCUAUUACAUACCCUUUUUCAGUUGGAUUGGGCAGUAUCGCUGGUCCCUCCUUCGUGGGGACCUCAUAGCUGCGCUGACGAUAGCAUCCAUUUACAUCCCAAUGGCCCUUUCGCUGGCGGCAAAUCUGGCUCACGCACCACCCAUUAACGGCCUUUAUUCUUUCGUGAUCAAUCCCUUUGUCUAUGCGAUUCUGGGAAGUUGCCCUCUUUUGGUGGUGGGCCCAGAGGCUGCCGGCUCUUUGUUGACGGGAGCCAUUGUCAAGGCCAGCGUCAGCGAGGGGCACUCGGGCGAGGAUGACAAUUUGGAAAACGCCAUGGUUGUUGGCGUAGCCACCGCCAUGGCUGGUGGCAUGAUCCUGGUCGCUGGUCUUACUCGACUUGGCUUUUUGGAUAACGUGCUGAGCCGACCAUUCCUGCGAGGAUUUAUUACUGCCAUCGGCUUCGUGAUUUUUGUUGACCAGCUCAUUCCGGAAUUGGGGCUGGCUGAUCAGGCCAAAGAAGACGGAGCCAGUCACGGCACCACAGUUGCAAAGCUCGCAUUCAUUUUCCGAAAUAUCAGGGACUCUCAUGCACUUACUGCGGCUGUCUCGUUUAUCAGUUUUACCAUAAUCAUGGUCAUCCGGACCUUGAAAAAGUGGCUCAUGCCGCGCAUUCCCCAGGUGGUUUACUUCCCCGAUCGAUUUCUGAUCGUGGUGCUGUCGGCAAUCUUGGCCUGGCACUUGAACUGGGAGGACAAAGGGCUGGAAUUGCUAGGACAUACUGAGAUCAGCUCCAGCAGACUCUUCGCAUUCAAAUGGCCGUUUCAGUUCGAGCAUAUGAAACACGUGCGUACCGCGAUGAGCAAGGCGUUUAUAAUUGCACUCCUUGGCUUCUUCGAGUCGUCUGUCGCGGCCAAGGGCCUGGGCGAAGGCGGUCCUGACGGAAUUCAGGGCAUGCGCAUGAGUGCUAACCGCGAGAUGGUAGCGCUCGGCGUGGCCAACGUUCUCGGUGGCUGCUUCAUGGCUCUCCCGGCGUUUGGAGGGUACGGACGAAGCAAGGUCAGCGCGCAGACUGGGGCUCGUUCCCCCAUGACUAGUGUUUUUCUGAGCAUCAUUACGUUCUUCACCAUUAUGGUGCUGUUGCCGUACCUCUUCUACCUUCCGAAAGCCGUUCUUUCCUCUAUGAUCUCAGUUGUCGCCUUCACACUCGUCGAAGAAUGCCCGCAAGACCUAUCAUUCUUCUUCCGUCUCCGCGGCUGGACUGAGCUCAGCCUGAUGCUACUAAUUUUCACGGCAACAAUCUUCUACUCGCUGGAGCUGGGCAUGGCCCUCGGGAUCGGCCUCUCAGUAAUCAUCCUAAUCCGACACGCGACACACCCACGCAUCCAGAUCCUGGGCAAGGUCUCCACAGGAACAGGGACGCGCUUCGAGAACGCAGAACUGCACCCGGAAAAUGUCGAGCUCGUCGCCGGCGCCCUGAUCGUCAAGAUCCCCGAGCCGCUCACCUUCGCCAACACGGGUGACCUCAAGAACCGCCUCCGCCGCCUCGAACUAUAUGGUUCCAGCCGCACACACCCAUCUCGGCCGCGCAUGCGCGCCCCGGAGCACAAUAAGAACAUCAUCUUCGAUGUUCACGGUGUCACCAGUAUCGAUGGGUCUGGUACACAGGUUCUGUGGGAGAUCGUCCAGGCCUACACGCAGACUGGUGUCUCUGUCUUCUUCUGUCGGCUGCCUACUGCCGGUGUCUUUCGCAUGUUUGAGCGGAGUGGCAUCGUUGAACAGUGUGGCGGUUUGACGCAUUUCGUGCCGAGUGUGGAUGAAGCGUUGCGCUUGGCUGAGACUGAAGAGCAUACGCAGGGAAUCUAA